UCACUCACUCACCUCUGUCGCCAUCGUCACAUCACUCGUCAAAACAACACUCGUGUUUAGAGGAGAUAGCCUGAGCAAUUGCUUGAUAUAGGCGAUUAGGCACGCAUAGAGAGAAAGCAGCGCGGGCCAGACUGCAGCUUAGAAUGAGAGCCUCGUGCGGAGCUGUGCUCGAGCAGGUGAACAGGAGAAGGAGUCAAUAGCAUCGCCUUGCGUUCUGCGACGGCUCGGUGGUUCGUGACGGCUCGGUGAUUCGUGACGGCUCGGUGGUUCGUGGCGGCUUGGGGUUCUUGUAGCAGCAUUGGCCGUUACCCGGGAGGUAGACAUCGCUUCGCCAUCCGACACGGCUUAACAACAGAUGGUGGCUGAUUCCGACGCCGCACCUGGCGGCAACAGCGGCCACUGGAGCAGCGGCCACAGCAACGGCAUUCGCGCGCACGCCUCCCCCUCCCCCGCGCCGAUGGACGGACUCGCGCCAUUGGAGGGCCUCGCGCCGGGCGACCCCGCCAGCGUGCCCAACAGCGGCCACCACAGCGGCCACCACAACGACAGUAGCGGGCGGUACGGCGCGCGGGAUGGCGGCGGAGCUCCCGGGGGGGCGGGGCACGCGCGGGGGGGCGGCGGGGGGUGGUCGUCGGACAUGGAUAACGAUAACGAGGGGGGCGGCAUGGCGAUGGCGUACGACAUGACGAUGCCCGACGACAAGCACGGGCUCACGUCGGGCCUCGCGUCGCCGCUCAUCCACAGCACCAAUUACGAGGACGACCUCGAGAAGGGGGGCGUGGGGGGCGCCGCGAGUAUCAUGCCCGGGGGCGCGGGCGGGAGGGUGGGCGGAGCGGAGCCCGCGCGGGGCGCGUCGGGGGCGGCGGGGCGCGGGGCGGCGGAGUUCGGGCGGCGGACGAACACGACGAAGGACGUGCGCGAGCACGUGAAGGCGGUGAUCCAGCAGAACGAGGGGCUGACGCAGCCGUUCGUGGUGCGCAACCUCACGCUCACCUACUUCCUCACCGUCGCCGUCGUCAUCCUGCUCUCGCUCGGCGGCCAGCUCGCCGUGCACUUCGCCAUCCAGAACAGCAAGAGCGACGCCACCGUCGUCAACGUCGCCGGCCGGCAGCGCAUGCUGAGUCAGCUGAUAUCGAAGGACAGCCUGGAGAUCUACGUGCUGCGGAUGGACAACCGCAGCGUGUCGUACUAUGUUAACGAGCUCAGCGAGCGCACGGCGCUGUGGAAUAAAUCGCACUACGGGCUGUGGUACGGCAGCAAGGAGCUGAAUCUACCGGGCACGGGCAAUCGCGACAUCGCGAAGAAGAUCGAGGAGCUCACCCCCGCGUUCCUCGCCGUCUUCUGGAGCGCGCGCGGAAUAGUGGAGCUAAACCCCGAUACUGUCACAUGCCCAACCCGCCCGUGCGAGCAGCUGAAGAAGUACGUGGACACGAUCAUGGAGAGCGAGGCCUUCUUCUGGAAGACGCAGGACGACAUCGUGCUCAUGUACCAGAACGACGCGGACACGCACACCAGCACCAUCCUCAUCCUCUCGUGGGUGCUGCACAUGCUCGUCAUCGUCACGCUCGUGCUGGAGGGGCUCUUCGUCUUCCGCCCCGUGCUGCGCCACAUGCAGUCGCUCAUCAACGAGCGCUUCGCCCUGCUGCAGCGCAGCCUCGUGUCGGAGGCGGAGAACCGCGGGGUGUCGGUGCUGAUGAUGGGGUACAUCAGCCACGAGCUGCAGCAGCCCCUCGCCUCGCUCUCGCUGCACCUCCACCACGCCGCUGCCGCCGUCGCGCGCCUCGCCCUGCUGCACCCCAAGGCCCCCACCCCCUCCGCCGCCCUCUCCCCCGCGCUCCUUGCCCCCGACGCUGGCGGGGGCGGCAGUGGGAUGGACGGGGGAGGGAUGGGGGGAGCGGAGGGGGGAGGGUGGGGGGGAGGGGCCGGCGAGGAGGAGGUGGGGGCGGGGGCGGCAGUGGCGUUGGCGGCGGAGGCGGUGGGGAAGGCGCGGGUGUGCGGCGAGCUCAUGAGCACGGUGGUGGGCGACGUGGCCAACCUGCGCAACAUCGAGUUGGGCCGCAUGAUGCUGGCCGUGGAGCUCGUCGACGUCAGCGACCUCGUGCAGCAGGUGCUGAGCGUGAUAGCGCCCAAGGUGCCGGAGGGCGUGUCGCUGCGAGUGGACGUGGAUCCGUCCAUCGAGGCCCGCCAGCUCGACAAGCACCGCCUGCAGCAGGUGCUGCUGAACCUGGUGGACAACGCGUUCCGGCGCACGGGCGAGGGCGUGGUGGUGGUGCGUGUGAAGGAGGGCGCGGCGGCGCACCUGCUGCGCGUGGAGGUGCAGGACUCGGGCGAGGGGCUCAGCGACGAGGAGCGCCAGCGCAUGCUGGACCCUGUCAUGGACUCGAGUGCUGUGGCGGAGAGCGAGGGCGCGGGGCUCGCGCUCUACGUGGUGAAGCUGCUGGUGGACCUGCAGGGAGGAACGUUUGGCAUGGAGAGUGAGCCCGGGGGCGACAACCUGCACUGGGUGGAGCUGCCUGCCGCCUCUGCGGGCCCCGUACCGCCCACUGGGGUGACCCAUGACCGCCCUGCCAUCACAUAGCCUCCUCUUGCACCGUCGGCCUGCCACUUACUCUCUCCUCUAGUCGCCACCUGCACCGUCUGGACGUGCCUGCUGCCUCUGCAGGCCCUGUUCCGCCCGCUGGGAUGAUCCAUGAUACGGUAGGCCUGCCAGUACGAGAACGCCCAACAUCACAGUAGCGGCCUGGCCUGCUUCUGUAUCACAGCCAGAAAGGUGCUGUCAUUGGAAGCUCUGUCAAGAUACACACUGGGGUUGCCCUUGGUCCUCCGGGAAGGGUCACAGGUGCAGAGCCUGGGGGGUUAUGGGUGCACUUACCCGCUACUUGACAAGCCCUUUUAACUCAGUGGUUAGUGACUGAGUUCUGAUAUGGUAUUGGAGUUUGGUGACCCGGGUGGAACUCCCAGUGUGCAUCGGAGAUGUGACAGUGCUGCAGAGGUGCUUGUGUCUGUUAGAAUACUAGAAUAAGUAGAAAACAAGAGAGAAUACGCAAGAUAUAGGGUUGGGUUGUACUCUCUAAGAACAUACACCUAUUCUAGCCUAUGACUGUUACGUGUUGAAUGUAUGUAUAAGUUGACACACC